GUAAACAGCUCACGUUGGGAUCGAUAUUGUUGCACCUGUGUACGAUCAGUUUAUAGGAUGCAGCCAGUAUAUUACACUGGUAGCGGAAAUGGUCAACGAAACACUUACAAUUCACCGGUCCAUUUUCAAGUCGCAUACCCAAACACUUUACAGAAUGCGUCGUCACAGAUUCAGACUCAAAAUCAAGAAGUAUAUCGUCAACACCGAAGUAAUAUUUCGGGAAAGAGUCGGGCCUUUGGCGUGAUAUACUGCUUCCUAGGUGUCCUAUUGGUGGUUAUUGGAGCGAUAGGUAUAUACUACGGAGCCCCGGACAUGCCAUAUGUAGUGCCUCUUCAUAUCGCAACAGGGAUCAUGCUAAUCGCCGCUGGGAUCUGUGCAUUCAUGGCUUCAAAUCGGAUACAAACAGAAGACUCUGUAUCAGCACAAACUAAAUGUCUGAUGAUCGGACUUUUCUGUCUGUCUGUGGUCGGGGUCACCAUUUGCUUCGUAACAGCUGGGAUAAAUGGAGUGAUGGGUGUUGUAUUUUGUCUUGGAGUAGAAUACUCGUGUUCAGGCGACCGUUCAUGCAAAGUCCGUAGCGUAAACGACCAGUGUACAGAAAACGAGGAUACGAACAUUGCUGUGUGCAGUGUAAUCAUCGUGGUCAGUUUUUUAGCCAGUUUACUCUGUAUUUUGGUAACGUGUUUCUUUUGUAGGUACGGCCGACUCUUUGGCAUCAAAAACAAUGGUCACUUUGUAAUGUGAGCAAAAGGAAAGAUUUACGUAGAGACCCUUAAACAAGGACAGGGGUAACACAUGUAAGGGUAAACGCCUUUUGCUUCAUCAACGACACCCGAAUCGGAAAUAUAUGUCAAAUACCACAAUGCAUGUUUAUUUCAUCUUAAAAUAAUGUGAAUUUAAUCUGUUAUCAUUUUCUUAAAAUGACUUUCUCAUACUGAUUUGCAUUAUAGUGUAAAUACGUCAUAAUUAUUUAGGAUUUAUCUCCCUUAUAUCACUAAAUUGAAUACCUGUUCAUUGAUUUGAGCAAACAGGUCGCCGUACACAAUACGAUACAGCUAUGUUUGGUCAGUCUUUCAAGGAAGAAAUAUGGAUCCCGGCAGGUUAUUGUUAUAUGUAAAUAAACAAAUAUUCAAAAA